GAAACGGCAAAGAUGGCGGACUGAGUGGCUGUGGCUAUUUACGAUCUUAUAGCCGUAAAAAUUCGAAUACAGCUCAAAAUACCCCAAGAGUGGUCUUUUCUAAAGCCCACGAAACGGAAGUUGAGUUUGGAGCGAUGGAGUGUUACCUGAAGUGAAGAUUGAAGACGUGAUAGAAGAUGGACGACUACUGUUAUGCUAAGAUGGCGACGUCCGCUAAAAGAGAACAUGAAAGAGAAUCACAAACGGAUAAAAAGACGAAAUUUGCAGAGGAAGACGUCCAGCAGCUGAUUGGUCAUCCAGAAGAACUGGCAGGAGGCAGUUCCACUUUGAAUCAUGAGACUCCACAGCCACCCCACAUUAAAAAGGAAGAGGAACUUUGGAUCACUCAGGAGGGAGAGUGUCUUCUUGGACCACAGGAAGCUGAUCUCACCAAGUUGCCACUGACUGUUGUCUCUGUGAAGAUUGAAGAUGAUGAAGAGAAACCACAAGUAGACAACCUACAAGCUCCACUAUCAGAUAGUGAGGCUGAAGACGAGGUUGAAGUAACUUUGAGCAGCGAUACAGACUGUGAAGGUGAUAUGAGGACUCACACUGACAACAAACACUUUGAAUUCUCUAAAAAGAAGAGAGAUAAACAAUGUUUCAGCUGCUCAGUUUGUGAUAAAAGCUUUACUCAGAAAAGCAAUUUGACUCAACACAUGAGAACACACACAGGAGAAAAAACAUUCAAUUGUUCAGUUUGUGGUAAAAACUUUUUUUAUAAGAGCAAUUUGUCUCAACACAUGAGAACACACAAUGGGCAAAAACCUUUUAAUUGUUUAGUUUGUGGCAAAAGUUUUUCUCAAACGAAAAGUUUGACCCGACACAACAGCACACACACAGGAGAAAAACCAUUUAAUUGUUCAGUUUGUGGUAAAAACUUUUCUCAAAAUACUUACUUGACCCUACACAUGAGAACACACACAGGAAAAAAGCCAUUUAAUUGCUUACUUUGUGGUAAAAACUUUUCUCAAAAGAGCAGUUUGACUCUACACAUGAGAACACACACAGGAGAAAAACCCUUUAAUUGCUCCGUUUGUGGUAAAAGCUUUUCUCAGAAGAGAAGUUUGAAUCGACACGAGAGAACACACAUGAGACAAAACAUUUAAUUGCUCAGUUUGUGGUUAUAAAGUUUUCCCAAAAGAGCAAUUUUGACAGCACACACAGGAGUAAGACCAUUUCAUUGUUUAGUUUGUGGUAAAAUCUUUUUUUUACACGCGUGGAUCUAUUGAACAUAUCAUGAAACACAGUGGGGAAAAAACCAUAUAGUUGUACUGUACUGU